AUGGAGAACAAGAGCUCUGAGUGCAGUGAGGCGCCGAAGAAGCUGGGCUUAUCCUUCUCCAUCGAGGCCAUCCUAAAGCGGCCAGUGGAGAAGGAUGUGGCCAUGCUGGAAGGGGCAGGUGGAGAGAGCCCCGGGCAGGCAGCAGCCGCAGGCUCCAAGCUGGAGAAGCAGCCACAGGAAGAGAGGAAGAGCAGACGGAGGGUGCGCACCACCUUCACCACAGAGCAGCUCCGGGAGCUGGAGAAGAUCUUCCACUUCACCCACUACCCUGACAUCCAUGUCCGCAACCAGCUGGCUGCCCGGAUCAACCUCCCGGAAGCCCGGGUGCAGAUCUGGUUCCAGAACCAGCGAGCCAAGUGGCGGAAGCAAGAGAAGGUGGGCGGCCUCAGCACUGCACAAACGCUGAGCGAGACAGACUUGGCCCCGCCUGCACAUCUGAACGUGGCCGGCCCACUGCUGAUACCUGCUGCUCUGCCCAGGCUGGCUCUCCCCAUGGGGCAUUAUCUACUGGCCCAAGAGCAGCCUGCCACGCCGUGGUUCCCUACUCAGAUCGCUGUCCUCCCACGGCACCCAUGGGAGACGCAGCCCCUGGUGUGCCCUCCCCUCCAGCAGAGCUGCGAUCCUGCCUUGCACUUCCUCCCACCUCCACACCCGACCUGA